AUGAAAAUCUGGACUGUUCAACAUACAUUUAACUAUCCAUGGGAGACAGUGGUUCAAGCAGCUUGGAACAAGUACCCAAAUCCAAUGAACACAGCUGUCCUUGGCAUAGAUGUUAUUGAUCGGCAAGUAAUUAAUGGAGAACUACAUUCACAUCGGUUAGUUACUACUAGAUGGACAUUACCGAAUUGGGCAUGUGCAUUAAUGGGUCCAAUAAGUACGUUUUAUGCCAUACGAGAAAAGCUCACAUAUAAGCCACAUCCUGAUGAUCCACAAAAAACUUUACUCAAACAAACAGCUUAUGUCACUGUAGAAGGCUUACCAUGUAGUGGAUAUAUAGAAAAUAUACUUACCAGUAAAAUUUCAGGCAAUGCAGCAAAAGGAAGACAAGCUAUAGAAUGGGUUAUUGAAAAACUACAACAUAAACAACCAUUGUAA